AUGUCAGAAAAAUUUCGAGAAAAAAAAGAUAUCAAUAAAAAAGUUUUUAUCGAUUUAAUUAUUUAUUUUUGUUCGAUUGUUCUCAUUGUUCCGAUGUUUAAUAUAAUUAUUUAUUAUUCUCGUGGUAUUCAAUCAAGUGAAGCAAAUCAAAUGAAAAUUUGUUGGCCAUUAUUAUUAAUGCUUUCAAUUUUGAUUAUUCUUCAUGUUUAUCAAAUAUCGUCGUUUCAUCGAAAAACGUUUUUAAAUAAAAAAAUUCUUGAAAUAAAAUCAACACCAAAUUAUACGAAACCAUCAAAAUAUUUUAUUGAAAACCGAAAUAAUACGCUUUUUUAUAAAAUUUUAGGAAAACAAAUUCAUGAUUUACAUGUAACAUUGCUUCAAAAAUUUAUAGCGCAAUCAAUAAUCAAAUCAUCAAGCAAAAUAAAUUACAUUCAAUUAAGUUUAUUUCAAUUAAUUGUUUUAAUUUUAUUAUUAAUUACUUUUAUUCCACUUGCAACAACUGAUCCAUUAAUUGCAACUGUUUAUCAAAUUAUUAAAUUAAAUAAAUCUUCAACAAACAUUCUAUGGUGCAUUAAAUUGAUUCAUUAUUCAUAUGUUGUAGUUUCAUCUAUUUUUAUAGUAUAUUAG